AUGCACGCAUCAACAACCCAUUCCCAUAUCCACAAACAGCUCGAAUUAGCGCUGCCUUAUUCAAACAACAAGGGAACAAAGAAGACCCACACACCAGACAUACCCUUCCCGCAAAAUUCUUCCCAUAAUGAAUCAUUCACUCCUACUCCAACUGCAGCAACGAUUAGUCGUACCGAUACAACAACAAGCUCUACUUCUUGUAUUGAUGAAAGUGAAGAUUUUUCAUUGUCGUCAUUCACCUCAAGGGCGGUUAUCGCAUCUAAACGUGCAGCACAAAAUAGAGCUGCUCAACGUGCGUUUCGACAACGUCGUGAACGAUACAUCAAGGAUCUCGAAAAACGGGUCAAGGAAAUGGCCGCAUGGCCUGAAGAAAUAGAGCAUCUACGUUUUGAAAACAAACAUCUCAGGGAGCAUGUAUCCAUUCUUUUGCACCGAAUUUCGGAACUAACAAGUCAACAAAUGACACCGCCAUUAAGCAGUGCAAGCAGUGCUGGUAGCUGCGAUGCUGCAGUAACAAAUCCAUAUCCUAACCAUCAUCCCGUACAACAUAUCACACAAGGCCCAGUGGCACAAGCGAUUCCGCACCAAUACCCUGGUCACCCACCACAAUACAACUACGCUCUUGAUGAGCCGCAAGUAGAACGUUUUUACCAUCAUGAUAUGCCUAUCAGGAAUAGUGCCCAGCAACCAUCGUCAUAUCAGCAACAUGUGCUUCAGCAACAACAGCAGCAGGAGAACGCAUGGAACAUCAACGACGACCUUGAUUUAGAUUUUCCUUUUGAUCCAUUCUUCGACAAUGGAAGAUGUGCAACCACAGCUAUUGCUCCUGGAGAGCACCAAAGCAAUUACAGUAAUCAAGAUAUGCAUACAAUGGAUAUACAGCAAUGGCAGUAUUGCACGAGCACUUGA